AUACUAGACCUAUGUCAGAAACCACCACAAAACCUAAACGGACCAAAACUUCCGUGGCAUGUGCUCACUGUCAUCGUUCCCAUAUGACUUGUGAUUCCAAUAGGCCUUGCACUAGAUGUAUAAAAAGAGGUCUACAAGAUACAUGUGUGGAUGCACCUCGCAAGCAGAAAAAGUACUUGGCAGAUGUGCCAGUGAAUGCUUAUCAGAAUGGCCUGGGAAUGCUGCAAAAUGAUGAAAACGGAACUCACAUCAGUUCUCCGACGUCAAUGAUAGAACUAUCACAAAAUCCAACCACCAUAUCCAUGGACUCUCAGUCCCCGAACCACAAUUCCUCGGCUACUGUACGCUCAGCCAUUCCCAGCACAGAUCUCCUUAAGCAGCGGAGUAAGUUCAUGUCAUCAGCUGCUGAUAUGGAAUACUCUACGCUUUCUUCUAUCAUUUCAGCAGACUUUCUCUCCAAGUCACUGACAGACCACACACCAACACUGGUUCUAUCUCCCGCUAUAUCUCCACAUGUAGCUCAAUCCCUCCAAGAGCCUACACUGCCCAAUACCGCUAUCAACGAAGCAUUUCUCAUCAACAAUACCAACAACUCGUCCAACUCCGACUCAACAAAAGCUACUUCUCAAACCCGUAAGCCUCAAAAUCCCGAUAUAUAUUUCAAAGAUGCCCAUUAUGAUCUGGCCAUCAACCAAUACUUUCUAGGGCCUGAUUCAGCAUCGAGUGAUAAAUACACCAUGUAUCCGGAGAUCCUAGAACAGGUGGAGAUGAAGAGGAGACAAGAUCCCGAAGGCUUUUACAAACAGAGUCUUCGACUGUCCAUUUCGCUCGCAGUUGGAAUUCUCUCUGAAGACCUGACUUUCACAAGAGUACUGGACCCUUCAAAUGCUAUACAACAUUAUAUCAAAGAGCCGGAAGAUAUCUACGAGAAGGUCAACAAACCGUAUUCGUAUACUCCAGGAUAUCAUCUGCUUAUUUCAUAUCUCCGUCGUCGGUUCAACAAGCAGAUGCUUGUACAGAUGGUGGAAUCAAUGGCCAAAUACAGACCAUCGUUUAUCGCUUGUACAAAUGCUUUAAAAGAGCACGACCUUAUCUUUAUGGAGCAGUGUUUCCAGCGAACACUCCUUACAUACGACCUGAUUAUUAAAGUCAGUGGAACACCUGCAAUUGUCUGGCGUCGAACGGGAGAAAUUGCGUACGUCGGAAACGAGUUCUGCAUUCUCACGGGGUGGACAAAAGAAGAGCUUCUAAGUCACAAGAAGCGGUUCAUAGUGGAGCUUUUAGAUGAUAGACUGGUCUUGGAAUACUUCCAGCUCUUUCUGAGCAUCGCUUUUGGUGAUUUCUUAGGGGCUUCAAUGACUGAGUGUACCCUUCUAACCAGAAACAACAACGUUAAGAUCAAGACAAGAUGCUCUUGGACAUUGAAGAGAGAUGUUUUUGGAAUCCCCAUGAUGAUUAUUGGCAAUUUCCUUCCGGUGCUAUAAUCUGGGGUUGUAUCACGU